AUGCCUUGGACCAAGAUCAAUUCAGGGGAUCAGCCUUGGUUGAACAACCAAGAGACCACCACUCUGCAUUCCCAUGUUGAGGACUGGGAGAAGGCGAGUGGAACUGAGCGACGACAGAUUUUCAAAGCAGCUGCCAGAGAGGCCAAACUCCUUGCUCCAACCAUGGACAAAGAGCUCUUGAAGCAAUGGAAAGAGAAAUACAAGGAGUGGUUCCACAAUCACAAGAAAUGCAGGGCCAAUGCCAAACCUUCCAUGAAGCUCCAGAGGAAAUGGACAGUGCGCCAAGUCAUCGAAGAGCAAAGGAAGGCCAACAUCCUUCAGCAGAUAUGGGAUGAAGUUGAGGAGGAGACCAGGCAGAAGCCGAACCAGAAAGAAGUCCUGAAGAGGUAUCAACCAAUGAUGAUGGCAAUCAUGAAAGGCCUGAAUAAAAAGGAGUUGGAGGAAGCUGAGGCAAAGGCCAAUGAGUGGACCAAUCAAGCACCUGAUGCUGCAGUCCAGGCCAAGACUGCUGAGCAAAAGGGAGAAAAGAUGAUCAAGCAGUUUGCCACAGAGAUGUUUGCUCAGGCUGGCAUGAGACUGUUUGUAUUGGGUUCCUGGAAGGAUGAGAAGGGCUGCCUCAUGACAUCUGGGUUUGACUUCAAUGAACAGCUUGGCAAGGUAUCCAGCUUCAUGAAAACAAAGGACUGGCAGGUCAUCCUAGCAGGAUGGGAAGAUUUCCUCGGUGAUGUAUUCAAUCAAGAUCAAGACCUGGAAGGCACUGUGAUCAGAGGCACUCACCAGAUCCCCAAACCAUACUAUGAGUUUGACCAGGACCACAUGGGCUUGCUGAUCUUGCCCAAUAUGGACAAUGUCCCACUGGAAACCAAGAAGAGCAUGAUUUGGUCUUUCCUUACCAUUCAUUACAGUAAGCAUCAUAUCAGGAAGAUGUUGUGGAAGGCCAAAGGUCCCGGUGCCAUGGAGCAACAUCUUGAAGGGACAAUCCAGGUUGGACUGACAUUUCAGUUCAAGGCCUGGAUUGAUGACAAGGGCAAGAUGCACCCACCUGUGGGUGCUGGGUCUGAUGACUCUGACAGUAAUGCCAAUGAUGAGAGUGUUGGCCCCAGGCAAACCAGACAGGCAUUGGCCAUGUCCACAAACUCCCAGCCCAGUAGUCCCAACCACUGGCUGUCCCCACUUGUCAAAGUUCCACUGAGGAAGAAUCAAGGGAGUCUGAUGCUAAUGAUCAUGUUGGCAAUGCAGAAACCACCACUGCAAACUCAAGGCAGACCAUUAGAGUGGAACCCACCACCAGCUCAACCAGGCCAGCCUUACAAGCCAUCUGCCUCAGCCAAGACCACAAUGCUGGCUGCACAGAUUGCUGAGGGUUCAGAUGAUGAAACUCCCAGUAGUGUUGCAACAAAGGCUGUGCAGGACCGAGCACCAAAGAAGACUAAAGCUGUCAGAGCUGCAUCACCAGUCUUGCAGGAUUGGUCACCGAAGAAGACCAGGGUCACCUGGUUAGUGGCAAACUUGCUCUCUGAUGCAACAGCAAGGCACACCAGGAGCAAGGCCAACAACUCCCUUGGUGCCAGACCUCGGCAAAAGCCCAAGAGAUAUGCCGACUAUACUUAG